ACUAUUCAUUCUCUUCCUCGCAUCGAUACACAGCGGCAGAGCGUCGGCCGAUUUCUCCAACCACCGCUUUCUUCCUCUCUCUUCUCUUCCUCUUCUCUUUAUUCUUUCUUUCUUCUUCUUCUUCCUCCUCCUUCCUCUGUUUUUCGACUUCAUCAGGCACCGCCGCUGCUUCGCGCAGUAGCGGUUUCUCCGCCCGUCUGCGCUCCCUCUCUUUCUCUCUUCUUCUUCUUCUUCUUCUUCUUCUUUUUAUUUUUUUUCCUCGGGUUCACCCUCCCCUGCUACUCCUCGCUGCUGCAACAUCGAACACCGGCGGUUGUGCCGUUCAUUCCCUCCAUCUCACACAGACCUCUCCCUCUCUUCCCUCUUUCUUCUUCUUCCUCCACCUCUACCUCUUCUUCUUCCAUCGAACCAUUCUAAUCGCCAUUUUCUAUUGUUCAUCGCCUUUGAUCUAGAGAACCAACGGGAGAGAUUCCAAAAGUGCCAAUCCUUUGUUAGCAACAGCAACUCAACCGCCCCCUUUCCGAUAUGCUAGUGGUCACGCCCCUUCGCCUUCGUCGUUCAAGCUCAAUCGAAUCCCUCCUGUUGCAGUAGCGAAUUCAGGCCGAAAUCCAAUUCAUAUGCGGAUUUUUGCCACACAAUCAGAGUAUGCUGAACGCCUUGCAGCUGCGGUAGAAUCUGAGAACCGUUGUACAAGUGAAAUGCGGUUGUUGAUUGACCAAAUAAGCAUGCAACAAGGAAAAAUUGUGGCCCUUGAAGAUGAAAGGAAGCGACAAGAUGAAGAGUGUAGGCAAUUGAGGGCCCUUGUUCAAGAUCUUGAAAAAAAAGGUGUAAAGAGAUUGAUUGAUAACCUACAGGUUCCUAUAGCAGCUGUUGUGGUUAUGGCUUGCAGUCGCCCAGAUUAUUUAGAAAGGACAAUUGAGUCCAUCUUAAAGUAUCAGAGUUCUGUAGCUCCAAAAUUUCCACUCUUUGUAUCCCAGGAUGGAGCAAAUGAAAUGGUUAGGAGUAAGGCUUUGAGUUACAAUCAACUAACAUAUAUGCAGCACUUGGAUUUUGAACCAAUUCAUACUGAGAGGCCUGGAGAAUUGAUUGCAUAUUACAAAAUUGCACGUCACUACAAAUGGGCAUUGGAUGCAUUGUUUUAUAAGCAUAAUUUCACUCGAGUAAUUAUCUUGGAAGAUGACAUGGAGAUUGCGCCAGAUUUUUUUGACUAUUUUGAGGUUGCAGCAUCUCUCCUUGACAGAGACAAGACGAUAAUGGCUGUUUCAUCAUGGAAUGACAAUGGACAGAAGCAAUUUGUUUAUGAUUCAAAAAUUCUUUACCGCUCAGAUUUCUUUCCUGGGCUUGGAUGGAUGCUGACAAAAUCUACAUGGGAUCAUCUAUCACCAAAGUGGCCCAAAGCUUACUGGGAUGAUUGGCUGCGGUUAAAAGAAAACCAUCAAGGUCGGCAGUUUAUUCGCCCAGAAGUGUGCAGAACAUACAAUUUUGGUGAGCAUGGUUCCAGUAUGGGACAGUUCUUCAAACAAUAUCUUGAGCCUAUUAAGCUGAAUGAUGUCCAAGUUGAUUGGAAAUCCAUGGAUCUAAGUUAUUUGAUGGAGGACAAUUAUAUACGGCAUUUUGCCAACAUGGUGUCUAAUGCCAAACCUGUCCAUGGAGCUGACAUUGUUUUGAAGGCAUAUAAUAUUGAUGGUGAUGUGCGCAUUACAUACAAUGACCAAGCCCAUUUUGAAAUGAUUGCACGCCAGUUUGGGAUUUUUGAAGAAUGGAAGGAUGGUAUUCCAAGAACAGCAUAUAAAGGAGUAGUUGUCUUCCGGUAUCAAACUACAAGACGUGUAUUCCUUGUGGGUCCUGAUUCUCUAAAGCAGCUUGGAAUACAACAUACCUGAUGGCAAAGGAAGUAGUGUAUUCUCUGGCAGUAAUUUCUGGAUUGAUUGAUUUAUUCAUGAGAAAGAAUGUGUACAGCUCAGUACCUUCAUCUCUCUUUUCAACGUUAUAAAAGCUAAACUCAGUAGCUGUGGUAAUUGAGAGAUUCACUUAAAGGAAAAGAUAGAAGCAUGAAGGAAAGUACAUUGUGUGGGAAGAGAUUGUCAAGUUCUGGCCCUCUAGAAAGCAAGGGCCAGAAACAGUAAUCAUGUUCUCCAGUUAUACAUGUGUAUCAAUCACGUUUAAGAGCACAUCAAACAUCUAUACCUACGAGCUAUAAGAAUGGAUUUUUUUUUUUCCUGGCAACCUAUAGAAAUGGAUUCUAUUUAUGUAAUUAUGUUGAUGGCAGGUUCCAAUAACCAUGUUCUGGGGGAGAUGACUCUUUCAGCCUUACUCUUAUAUUUUUUCUUUGUUGCACGCCUUUUUGCCUUGUA